AUGACACGAUCUCGCAAGACGCGCACGACUGCCUCGCACGCCCCGCCGCCGCUGGCGCAUCCCGACCGCUCCGGCCCGGCCAUCGACGACCAGACGCUCUUCAAGAUUGCCGAGCAGCGGCAGCUGUUCCAGCAAGCGGCGGCGCGGGAGAAGAAGUCGACCGCCUCUGCGAGGAAGUUGCGCGUUUCUACCGGCGGCUCGGACGGCGUGAGCUCCGAUGGCUCCGACUCCGAUGACGAGUUCGAGUCGGAGCUCCCGACGCUCUCGCCCGGCGCGGAGCGUGUCCUCGAGGCCAUGCUCUGGACCACCUCGCUAGCCAUGCUGCACUUUACGUUUGACGUGCUCGUGCAGCACCAAUACGGCACGGAGAUUGUCUGGGGUGCUCUCCUCCGACGCACCUGCAGCGCCUGGGCCGUCUUCCUCCUCCUCUUCUAUGCGCUGCACCCCCGCAAGUCCGACCAGACGCUCGUGCCCGGCCUGCCCGCGCACUGGCAGGCGCCGCUGCGGCAGGCCGUCUUCUUCGCCAUGAGCGUCGCCGCCGGCUGCGGCCUGCUCUACGUGACCAACCGCAAGGGCUACCUCGCCACGCAGCGGCGCGCGCCACCGCUCGGCUGCCUCUGGAUCUGGGCCGUCGUCGAGCUCGAGCUUCCGUGGGCAACACUGAGCCUGCUCGUCGCGUCGGCGUACGUCUACCUGCAGGGAUACAAGAUCAGAUAG